UUGGGGGACUGACAGGAAGGGGAAGGAUGUUUCCUAAUUGCAGAAGUCACCUUUAGCCACACUCAGCUACCAAGACGCAGGGAAGAGCAGCUCGCGCUCGGUCACUCAUCUCACGUGAAGCGGCGGAGGCCAGGGAAGGCUUUCCUUCUCUUAAAAUUAUUUCACUGUGAGCACAUGGCUUAAAGGUGGAAAGUGAUUUGAACACUGCUGCUGCUAUUCAUUUAGACGCGUUACUGCAAGAGAGGAAAGCGUAUUAGAACACAGACAACUUACAAAACACAUCUAAUGAUAUUACCGAUUUCAGCGGUGUCUUGCUCAGGCAGAGGCAGCAGCAAGUGCAUUAUACAUUGGCCCACGGUACGCAGACACCUCAGGGAAGUGACAGUCGGCCCCGGAGCUCUGCGGAGCACCAGUCUCUUUCAACGCCCGUUAAGUAAUAGGCGACGGCAAACUCUUUGCAUUCCAGCAAUUCAUCUGCGCAUGACUGCAGCCACCAUGCAAGUCAGCCAGCAGGACUUUGAAAAGGCUCAAGAGCAGCUGAAGCUUUUGAAAAAGGAUCCUGGGAAUGAAGUUAAGUUGAAGCUCUACGCUUUGUUUAAGCAGGCUACUGAGGGUCCCUGCAAUUCUCCAAAACCAGGUAUGCUGGACUUUGUCAAGAAGGCCAAAUGGGAUGCAUGGAAUUCUCUUGGCAAUUUGUCUCAGGAUAAUGCCCAACAGAAAUACACCGAGCUUGUCUCAAGUCUGGUCUCUGCAGAAUCUUCUAGCCAGGUGAAGGAUGCUGCUCCAGAAGAGAGCAGACAUGAUGGCUAUGAAACAAUAAUAGUUACUACCAAAAACAACAUCACAAAAAUAAUGUUUAACCGACCUGAAAGGAAGAAUGCCAUCAACCAUAAGAUGUACAGAGAACUUAUCAAAGCGCUUGAAGAAGCUGCCAAAGAUGAUUCUACCAUAGCGGUUAUUACUGGAAAUGGAGAGUACUAUUGUAGUGGAAAUGAUCUGAAUAAUUUUACUAAUAUCCAAGCCAAUGAAAUGGAGAAGAUGGCAAAAGAUGGAGCAGUACUACUCAAAGAGUUUGUGGCCCAUUUUAUUGAUUUCCCUAAACCACUGAUUGCAGUGGUGAAUGGCCCAGCCAUUGGAAUCCCUGUAACAAUCCUUGGAUUGUGUGACCUUGUCUAUGCUUCUGACAUGGCUACAUUUCAGACCCCAUUUAGUCAGCUUGGACAGAGUCCAGAAGGAUGCUCCUCUUACCUGUUUCCAAAAAUCAUGGGCUUAGCCAAGGCAAAUGAGAUGUUGCUUUUCAACAAAAAGCUGACUGCAGCAGAAGCCUGCGCCCAGGGACUAGUGACUGAAGUUUUCCCCGACAGGACUUUUCAGAAGGAAGUUUGGGCAAGACUAAAAGCUUACGCGAGCCUCCCCAAAAACUCCUUGGCAGUGUCAAAGCAACUGUUACGAGGUGUGGAAAAGGAGAAGCUCCAUGCAGUUAACAGUCAAGAGUGUGAAGUCCUCAAGGAGAGGUGGUUGUCUGAUGAAUGUCUAAAUGCUAUUGUCAGCUUCUUUCAGAAGAAAUCAAAGCUCUAAUCUGUACCAGUAGAAUAAUCUACCUUCUGACAAUAGCCUUACCCAUCCUUAUCCUUAAUAAACUUCCUCUUUAAAUAAUAAUUCUUACCCCUUUUGAUGUGGUAUAUUUCUAAGUACUGUGUUAGAACUGUUUCAUAAAUUUAAAACAAUGUUGUGUGCCUUGCAUCCAUUAUGGAUAUUCAGGAGAUACCUCUCCAUACGUUAUUGAUGCCAAGUACACUGGAUCCUUCCAUUUGUGCUGUUAGGAGUAAAAAAAACCUCACUACUGUUUAGGCAGCAAUGACAAUUCUGAGUAAUAGCUAGAGCUGAUUGUCUUCCAAAAGAAACAACGGAUUCAAUCGUACCAUAUUUUGAUAGCUCUUCAAUAACUGACCUAUGGGUGGUUCUUUUUAUCCCUCUGUGGGGCAGGAAAUAUUGUAGUAAUGUAAAAUAAAUAUAGCUAUUUAAUUAGC